UAAAACUGGAUGAGGAAGUGGUGGUGGUGGUGAGCAGAUGGGUGUGGUUGGUUUAUGUGACAUAUAGUGAGAAGCUUUGUGGAUGAUGAGGCUUCGGAUACAUCUUAGGACACAAGCACCUUACAGGAUGAAUACUAAGAUUUACACAGCCGCCCUGAUACUUUCCCUAUUUCUCAUGUUAAAAGGGUCAUGGGCUCAGACUCCUACACCACCACCUCAAAAGGAUUCUGUGGACAGCAGUAUGGCAGACACCGCUACAACUGUCACUAGAGAAAGAGCAACAAGUAGAGUCACCAGAGACGUUGACCCAUCCCCGGAAAAUCCCCCCACUGAAAGAACCACAAACCAACACAUCGUCACAAGCAACUCAGUCAACACUAACCAAUCAGAAGUAAAGACAACAGUUUUCAUUCAGAACACGACAAAGUCCCAAACAAAGACCACAAUGACUUCAGUGACAUCCACCCCAUCCACAACAAAGACAACAACCAAAAACAAGACUAGUGAAGUUGCUCGCUGGGAUCCAAAGUGGGACGAAGCUUUCAGUUAUGAUUAUAAAUCCCUACGGUACGCCGGGCUGAUCAUUGCUGCAGUUCUCUUCGUCUUGGGGAUAUUGGUUAUUAGCUGCGGGAAGGCCUGUCGGCUGCCCAAGUGUCACAAGAAAUCAUCAAAGUCAUAUCGAGUGGCCCAAGAAUAAGACAACAUAUAGUGAUGGAUGCAAGUUACAAACUACUCUUCCAUCCGAUAAAAACACUCUUCUAACACCUGGUGGCAUGCAUCUGCAUGCAGACGGACGGGCUGGCGUGCUGCAUGUGACUGUCACGGAAGAACAAUAUAGAAGGAAAAUGUGAUGCACGCUGACAAAUGGAAAAAAGAUCCAUCACCAUUUUUGUCUUUGCAAAAUGUUCUCUUCUAGAUUGCAAACAUAAGUUAUAUUGGCAAAUAAUGACAAGAUGAUUCAUUUUUUAAUCACAUCAUCAGCCAAGGAACAGGGCUGAUUCUAAUGACCUUUGCAUCUUGCCGUAGGCUGUCUCACAUAGGAUUUUUAUUAAAGGUUAUGAGAAAUAACUCCAUAACAUCUCAUAUUUGUGAAUCUCCACUGUUAUUUUUCCCUGCUU